AUGUGUCCUUUCUCUGCUCUUUUGGCUUCCUUGAUACUGAACAUCCACGUGGGGAACAUCUCUCUGGUGGACCAGUUCGAGUGGGACAUGUCCGAGAGGGACAACUCCCCCGAAACCUUUGCCCUAAAGCUGUGCUCGGAGCUGGGUCUUGGUGGAGAGUUUGUCACCACCAUCGCCUACAGCAUCCGAGGUCAGCUCAGCUGGCACCAGAGGACGUACGCCUUCAGGUCCGAUUUCAGUGAGAACCCACUGCCUACUGUGGAGAUCGCUAUACGCAACACAGGGGACGCCGACCAGUGGUGCCCGCUGCUCGAGACCCUGACUGAUGCAGAAAUGGAGAAGAAGAUCCGAGACCAAGACAGGAACACAAGACGCAUGCGGCGGUUGGCCAACACGGCUCCAUCCUGGUAGGAUGGUCAGGCUUCUCCUGGAACAGGACCUGGUUCGAAUGGACACAAAACAAAGCAUUAACUCUGAACGCACCGCUCCACACACUGAACCACACACCCUGGUCAUCCACCUGAGGACGGCUGAAGAUGAGACAUUCGGGCGUUCCCGAAAAGCACGACGUUUAUAAAUGAAUGUCGGCGUCGAGUGUCAGCACGUUUGCUGAUGCAGCCUGUAUGAUAUAACACACAUACACAUACACAUGAACAUACACUAAACAUACACACACACACACACACACACACACACACACACACACACACACACACACACACACACACACACACACACACACACACACACACACACACACACACACACACACACACACACACACACACACACACACACACACACACACACACACACACAGGGGCAUUCCAGUGGUGGUUCAAUGUAUCUUACUUUUCAUUAUUUUUUACUGAUUUGGCUACGGAAGUCUGCACAGUAUAGAAGGGUUAUCUAAUUUAGGACCACUUUUAGGUGGCGUUUACUUAGCAUUAUGUUGACUGUUACAGUUUUAUUAGCCAAAUCAUACACACCUGCCUCACUCACUACUGGUCAUGUAAAAUGAUUUGUGUUGCAAUUUGGUCAAGUUAAGAGGUGUCUGAAUCAGGAUGGAUGCAUACUAUAUAAAAACCUAUUGAUUUGUGACAGAUGUAGGCAGACUGAUGUAUUUUAUUCAGUUGGUAAAACUGAUAGAAAAUAUCAGGCCAGAACCAAUUGUGUCUUUUAAGCUAAUUGUGUUAAACUUGACAUACAGUAUGUAAACGUAUUUGAUGUUACUGUUAUCCGUUCUUUUCCUCAUUUUUUUUAGUGUCGGUUUUUUUUAUAAUAAAAAAGUUACUUGAAAUGUGUUUGUAAAAAAAGGUUAGGUGGACUAAAUUCACAAACCCAGAUUGUAUUAUUUUAUAUUGAAAGAAUCCUUUUAUUCAACCCUUUCCCAGGCAUAUGAAGGUGAACAAUGUGUUUAUAAAGCUUCCUGUAUGUAUUGGUUUUUCAAUCAAAAGAUUGUUAUGGCAACUAAUUUAACACCAGUUAGUUGCCGUGUUAGAUCAAGUUCGUCAAUGCAGUGGCCUAUUAUAUUCUACUGGGAUAUAUAAGAGGUAUCCUCCUUUCAGGAUUGUUAAGCUCUAAAACGGAGGUGGUCCUUGGAUGUCUUUUAACAGAGUCCUUCUCAUAGACUGUAAAUAACAGCUUUGAUUUAUUUAUUUUUGAAGAAUUUAAAUGAAUCCUUACU